CCCUAACUCAUCUGAUUGUCAUCUAUAAACACGACUCCAAAGCUGAAGCUCAUACAGCCUAUAAGCCCCGAAAUGACGUCGGCGGGCUUACUCGCGUGCGAAAUGUCAGAAGAACGCCAGAAGUCCAUAACCGCGGGGUGAAACCAGUACCUCGGAACGCGUAAACGAUGAGCUUUUCGACCACCAUAAGCAUAUACGACGCCUCGUUGCUAGCUAUAAUAUAAGUGCAUAGUCUACUAUUCUGCAAGGCCUACAAGUGCCUAAGAUUUGCGUUCUGGCUUCAACAUGACGACCCAGCACAACAUCUUCACGCCCCACUGGUCCAGAUUCGUAGCUCCCAACGCCCCCGAUCCCCACACAGCCAAAUACACACCCCACGACAAGCCCAUCUUCGCCUCGCCAUUCGGCGCGUUCCCGCCUACGCCAUCAGAUCUCAACAUCCAUGACCUGUGUUUCCCGCCCGGCAACCCGCUACCAGACGACUACCCGCUGUUCAUCAACGCGGUAACGCAAGAAACCGUCACGCUGCACAGCUUCUACGCACGCGUCUGCGCACUGUCCCGGGCUCUGCGCUACGAUGGCCCGAAUCCACUGCGUUUGGGUAAGAGCCCGGUGAAUGACGCAGAGCAAGGCGAGAUUCUGGGUCUUUUCUCGAAGAAUCAUAUUCACUAUCCGAUGGUGGCGCAUGCGUGUUUCCGGUCUGAACUAGUGUUUGGCGGGAUUAGUCCAGAGAGCACGGCGUAUGAGCUUUGGUGGAUUCUGCGCAAGAUGCAGAUUACGAGUCUGAUGUGCCAUGAGGCGUUACUUCCUGUGCUGCGGGAGGCGGUGAAGUUGGGGCGGGGAGAGGGCGAUGAUUUGCCGCUUAAGCUUGUUUUGGAUCUGGAGAAGGUGGUUGUGCUGAGUGAUGAUGGACGGUUGGACAGUGUCGCUGGGCAUCGGACGAUUGAGUCGCUGGUGAGAGAAGGUGAGAGGCUUCCUGAGAGACCGCGCAAACUGCUUGGGGGAGAGCGUAUGGCGUAUCUAUUUCAGUCGUCAGGGACGUCUGGGCUGCCAAAGGCGAUGAUGAUCUCGCACAAGAACGGCUACCACUCAGGCAUACAACUGCUCAUCACCGCGGUCCAAACCGCACGAUACUUGGGCGUCGAACCACUACCGCCAUCAACCAUCCUCGGCGUGAUCCCAAUGUACCACUCCUACGGCAUGAUCCUGUGGAUCCUGCGUAUAAACCUCACCAAAACCACCACCAUCCUCCUACCAAAAUGGGACAUUGAACUCGCACUCCAAACCAUCGAAAAGUACAAGAUAACCCACCUGCCCCUCGUCCCCCCUCUCGUCCGCCAACUAGCCCAAUCCCCACUAACACAAAAAUACAACUUGACCUCGGUGCUAGCCGCCAUGAGCGGCGCCGCAUACCUGCCCGCAGACGUCGCCUACCAACUGGCCCAGAAGCUGCCGCAAGGCGCCGCCGCCCCGAUCCCCAGCGGCUACGGCCUGAGCGAAGCAGCCAGCAUUGCCAGCCCGCCUGCGGCAGGCCUCUUCGGCCUCGCGCCCUCGCCGCCCGGCACGAUUGGGUAUCUACUACCCGGCAUGGAGGGCCGAGUCGUAGACCCAGAGACGCUGCGCGACGUGCCGAAGGGAGAGAAAGGCGAGAUGUGGACCCGCGGCCCUGUUGUUUGUCCGGGGUAUUUCAAAGAUGCGCAAGCGACGGCGGAGAUUUUUACAGAGGCUGGGUGGUUGCGCACGGGCGAUCUUGUCUUGCGCGAUGAGCAGGACCGGCUUCAUUACCUUGAUCGCUUGAAGGAGAUGAUUAAAGUCAAAGGCUUGCAGGUCGCUGCUACGGAGGUCGAGGACAUGCUGCUUGAGCACCCGGCGGGGCUUGUGCGCGAUGCAUGUGUUGCUGGCGUGGACAAUGGAAGGGGCGAUGGGUCGCUGUUCGUUCGGGCGUGGGUUGUUCUCACGGCUGCGGGCAAGAAGUUGGGCGAAGAUGCACUGGCGAGGAAAUUGGAUGAGUGGGUUCAGAGUAGGUUGAGCAAGCAUAAGUGGCUGACUGGCGGUGUUGAGGUGGUGGAUUCGAUCCCCAGGACGCCAUCAGGCAAGAUGUUGAGAAGAGAGAUGCGGGAUCGAUAUCAUGCGCGGCUGAAGACGGAAGGAAAGGCU